AUGUCCUAUGCUACUUUACUUACUGGUUUUAAAAACCAAUGGAUUAUUGUAUUUGUGUUAAAACGAUUGAUCUCUUCCAGCCUCACGAUGGACCACUGCCUCCUGCCUCGGUCUAUGUGGACGGAGGACUGUAAAUUCCUCCAGCAUCCAACAGAUCUCAACACGAGCGUGGUUGUGACGCGCAGCAUACCUGCAGGCACGUGCUUUGGGCCGUGCGUGCUCCAAAACACUUUCUAUGACACCAUCGCCUUCAUAGCUCAGAAGUGCUGCGACAAGACAUCCAAAUUCUACAUGUUCAGGGUCGACCCAGAGGCUUUGCGCAACUCCGCUUUGGUGCUGUCCUGGUUGCGGCUCGUGCAGGCGGCGCGCAACGGAGAGGAGCAGAACACGGAGGCCUUUCUGAAGGCGGGUCAGCUGUAUGUGAGGACCACCCGGAACAUCCGGCCGGAGGAAGAGCUGCUGGUGUGGUACGACCAGGAGCUGUCUCACCUACUGGGCUUCACAGACACGCUCAGAGGGCUGGAAGAAUUCAAAUGUGGCCGGUGCCACCAGGUGUUCAAAAAUGAAAACCCCUUCGUGGCACACUGCAGAUUUCUGUGCACUCAAGCGAAAUGCGACACCUGGAGCCGCGAGGUGCACGAGCACGUGGACGUUAAGAGGCAACACAGAGUGACAGAUUUCCACAACAUCGCCAGAGAUUUGGAGCAGAAAACAUCUGGCGCCGAUGAGGACGCAGCGGGUUCCCCCAGAAAGAGGAAAAGCGAGGACACUCUGCUCCCCAAGUGGCGUAAAAGCGUCCUGCUGGAAAAAAACAGCAUUUCAAAUGAUGAAGCACAAGCAGUGAAGGAGCACGAGCAGGCGCCAGGAGUCUCCUCCUCCUCGGGGAAAAUGAAAGCUGAAAGGGUCAAAGCGGUUCAUGCGGGACGCAGAAGUGCUGAUCUGGCUGAAGGUGGGGAAGUCAGGGGGACUUUUACGCACGGCACAGAGGUGGAUACGCAUUUGGAGACAGGGGAGGGGUCUGGAGUGCUGUCGAGCAGCAGCAGCGCAUUUUCUGUGGUUCUGUCACACAGCCAAGGCGCGCAGAGAAGCGCCUUUUGCAAACCGAGUAAAAGAACUGCCCCAGUGGAGCCUCAGGCCCACAUCAUCAGCGCUCCGACAGCCCCCUCUAGCCGCCUGGAUGAGUUAGCUGAAGGCUUCACGAGCAGGACUGUUCUGGGAUACAACAAUCUGAUGGCGACCAGCAUCCUGAGCGCUGACGUGCACGCAUUAGGCUCCUCGGUGCCAUUAAGCAACGCUUUCCAUUACGCACCAGAGCACUGGUCCAGGAACUUUGGCGCUCAGCUCCAAACCACAUCUUCCCUCACCAUCCUCCCGCCGACUUUCACCUCAUUCGGCGUGUCGGUGCAGAACUGGUGCGCCAAAUGCAAUCUGUCCUUCCGCAUGACCUCUGACCUGGUGUUCCAUAUGCGCUCCCAUCACAAGAAGGAGUUCGCGGCAGAGUCUCAGGUGAGGCGCAGAAGGGAGGAGAAACUCACCUGCCCGAUCUGCCACGAGUAUUUCAGAGAGAGGCACCACCUGUCCAGACACAUGACUUCUCAUAACUAAAGAGGGGCAACAGAUUUAUUUAUUUUCCAAAUAAUGCCCCAUUUAAACUCGAGACUUUUAAUGAAUGUAGUGAAAUAGCCAAACUGUCACGGUUUGUCCACUAGAU